AUGGCAACAGAAAGUUUUAAUAAUAAACAAGAUCAUGAAAAUCCUGAGCAAAAUGACAUAAUUAAGAUCGUGCCCUCUUUUUCUGAACUAGGAUUAGAUGAAUAUGAUGAAAUGAAUGAAAUUAUUCGGCAAACUAUUCAAGAGUUAUGGGAAUUUUGGCAAGAAGGAAGAUGUAUCUGUAGAAAAAGUAAAAGCAAAAAAACAGCUUGCUUUAAAAAAAUAGGAUUUUACCAAUUUUUUAAAAGACAAGAAGAAUGCUGUAAUAUGUCAUAUAAUAAUUUAGAUACCUGGAUCAAAGGGCAACUUGCUUCAUUUGCAUAUAAUGAUAAUUCUACAGUACAAAAUCAUAUUAAAUAUCAGUAUUGUUAUGAUAGUCAGCACAUAGUAUGUUUGCCUACUUAUCUGACAUUAGUUACAAUUUCUUCUUGUCGUCUUGACCGAAUUAAAAUGCAUAUUAAAAAUAAUGGAAUAGCUGAGAUAGUUUAUGGAAAUACAGAACGUACUUCAAUUCGACAUGAUCGUGCUAUAACUAAUGAUAAAAUAAAAUAUGAACUUAGUAAUUAUCUUCAUAAUUAUGCUAAUCUUUAUAGAUUUCCUUUACUCGGCCGAAAUAUGCAAAACUAUUCAAUAGCAAUUAUUUCACUUCCAAUUAACACAACAUAUACUAGUAUUUAUAAAGAAUAUGUUGCUAUGAUUAAAUCUAACAAAGAUGAGAAUUAUAAAAUUAUCGCCUAUACAACAUUUCUUCAAAUUUGA